AUGCCAAAAGACCCCACUGUCCCCCGGACCCGGACGGCGACUUCUGCCCCGAAGGCACGGGCCGGGGCGUCUUCUGUUCAGCCAACUCGAGCGUUUCCCCCGCGUACCAACAAUCAACCUCGAUCCUCAAACCAAAGAACGCAGCAGUGGCCAGCGAUACUUCCCCCGCGUGGCCCGGAAAAACAUCCGCAGGACGACGAGUCUGACGUUGUCCACGCCAAUUGCAAUACUAUUUUCAAGAAGGCUGACCAAGAUCGUCGACAGCUCACAUCACAACUAAGGGAGGCCACGGAUGCUACGCGGAGGGGGAACUCUGAACUUCUUAAUCACGAGGGAAAACACGUCGAUCAAGACUAG